GUUGACAAGUUGAGAGGUCGUUGUUAGCUGAGCGGUAAGGCGGCUAUACUUUUUGCUGCAGUCACAGUAAGUGAGCUACAUUUAAAAAAACAAAACAAAAGUGAAGUUGUUUUCGGCUGUUUAUCUCACGGGGAAAACAAGGCGAGACAGUUUGAGCUCCGAGGAAAAACUGUAAAACGCUUUUUUUUGUUUUUUGUUGUUGAUAAGCUUGUUAGCUCAUGUAGCUGCUAACUGGCUUGGUUGCUAAGCUGCUAUGUCGCAACCAAGUGUUUGGACUUAUUGGAGCUAACAGAACAAGCUCACCAAACAAAGAGACACUUUUUAAAAAAGAAAUCUGGAGGACAAACACUAAGGAGAUGGCUGUGUCGGUGCGGGGCCUGUACUUUGUGGUGACCCUGUUUUUGGGUAGUUUCUUUGGAAGCGUCUUCAUGCUGGGGCCAUUUUUGCCCCUCAUGCUGCUGUCUCCUGCUUGGUAUCGCUGGAUCACGGAUCGCAUCGUCGCUACCUGGCUCACCCUGCCUGUGUCCUUGCUAGAGCUGGUAUUCGGGGUGAAGGUGGUGAUAACAGGUGAUGGCUUCAUUCCAGGGGAGCGAAGUGUGAUAAUCAUGAACCACCGCACCCGUCUGGACUGGAUGUUCCUGUGGUGCUGUCUGCUCAGGUACAGCUACCUACGUUUGGAGAAGAUCUGCCUCAAGGCUGUCCUGAAGGCCGUGCCCGGCUUUGGCUGGGCAAUGCAGGUGGCCUGCUUCGUCUUUAUUCAGCGCCGUUGGGAGGAUGACAAGAAGCACAUGGAGAACAUGCUAGACUACUUCUGUGACAUCAGAGAGCCCUUGCAGCUGCUCCUGUUCCCGGAGGGCACGGACCUCACCGAAAAUACAAGAGCCAAGAGUGACGUGUUCGCUGCCCAGAACAAUCUGCCAAAAUUUGAGUACGUGUUGCAUCCCCGCACAACUGGAUUCACCUUCAUUGUGGACAGACUGCGAAAAGGGGACAACCUCGAUGCCGUCCAUGAUAUCACAGUGGCAUACCCCAAGAACAUCCCUCAGACAGAACGCCACCUGAUCCUGGGGCAUUUCCCUCGGGAGAUCCACUUUCACGUCCGCCGCUACUCAGUGGCUUCACUUCCCACCUCCUCCUCUGACCUAGAGUCGUGGUGUCGGGAGCGCUGGGCUGAGAAGGAGAUCCGUCUGCGGGACUUCUACUCAGGCGAGCCCCGAGCCUUCGACAGGGACGGUGUUGCUCGCGUGCCACCUUGUAAGUCGGAGCUGCGAGUGGCUCUGAUCAAAGCCGCCUCACUUCUGUACUGGAGCGGCUUCAUCGCUCUGUGCUUCACUGGCCUGUGGCUGUGGGCUCCGUUCAGGCUCUACUUCCUGGUCAUGGUCGGAGUGUACAUGGCCCAGCAAAAGCUGAUCGGUGGGCUGGAGCUGCUGGAGAUGUCCUGUCAUCGAUACUGGAAGUCCAUGGCUGCAGACGAUGGCGAGAAGAAGAAGGUGCUCGAUGGGAAGAUGCAGUGAGGAUGGAAGAUGGCUGACUGGACAAUGAUAUGUUUCCACCUGUGCUCAGCAAGGACACUGAGGACUCGGUUGUCUUGGCUUAUUUAGUCCAGAGGGCUAGAGGAUCCCUUUGAGGGACCCAAUGCUUCAUGCCUUAGAAAGGGAGUAAUAAGUUCAUCUCCUGUCUGUAUGCAUGGCUUCAGAGGAGAGAGCUUACCUUUCUGUUGAAGAAAAAAAAAGAGGAAUGUUAUGUACAUUUAUCUGUGAUUCAAGGAAUUCAUCACAUAAUGUGUCACUUGUAUGUCUCUCCCUGUAUAAUUACUGUUGUUUAGCUCGCUGUUGGUGCGUUUCUACCAGUUUGUGUUAAUUAUGUUUUUUUAUUCAGAACCUCAGACGUGUGUCAUGAAACAGCGCUGUCAAGUUUUUGUUCUACUGUUGCCAUGUCAUUUUGAAACCAGUUUUAUUGUAUGUGUUGCCCUUGGUUUUAUAUCGGUGUCAUAAGUUAUGGAGCAGAGCCAUAGUACAGACCACCUCUACAUAUGAUGACUUGACUUACGAAUAUUCAAAUCAGCACUGUAGUCAGCUGAGAUAGACUGAUUGGACCUAGUUUCUAGUCAAGGAAAGAAAAGGACUAGUGUAAUUCACAGAGAAUUAUUAAGGAAUAUACAGGUAUAUAUGUGUAUCAUAUGUUUACCUUUUAUUGGGUUUAAUUAACCUUUUAUACAAAUUGGGGAAUAAACUUUUCCCAGUUAGUCCUUAAAACUUCUGUGAUGAUGUUUGUUACUGUAUAGGUCUUAAAACAUGAAAUAUGUUCGACUGCUUGUUUCCUCAAGUAGCUUUUGCACAAAAAAGCCAAAGGUGUGAAAAGCAGAUGUGAUUUCAAAAAGUAACCAAACAGAACGUAGUCUGUCCUGUCAGGAAAGGGUAUCUUCACCCACCACUGGUAAUGUUUUUGCCCGCCAGCUACGCCGAGGUAACACCUGUGGCCAUCAACUUAUCAGGAUCAAAAAUCUGAUUGAGAUCUUAUGUGUGGAUAAGUGUAGAAGCUGUUGAGCUUUGUGCCCUUUCUGGGAAUCGAGGGAUGCCUUGUAGAGGCAGGAUGUGGGUGGUGCCGGGGUGGAAGAAUGUCCUGUUGGGACAACAUUACCCCUCGAUGUGCAGGGUGGCAUAGAGCACCAGACUUGGAGUGGAAAACUGGCCAUGAACUCAACCUAAUCCAAAAAAGCCCUGUAAUGCCCACCUCUGCCCGUGUCCCUCUCUAGAGGACUGGCAUUGAUGCGCCUGCUAAACUCAAUUAGCAAAUGACAGCUGAGAAAGCUACUCCAA